AUGCCGCUUGCACCGCCCACACCGGCCGUCUGUGCCGCCACCGCUUCCGCAGCCAACACCGCCUGCGCCGCCGCCGACAAUGCCGCCGCCACCAAAGCCACCGCCAUCUACGCCGCCACCGCCUGCGCCGCCGACGCCGCUGUCUGCACCGCCGCCGACUCUGCUGCCGCCGCUACCACGCCGCUUAAGCCGCCCGCAGAUGCCCCCGCUUCGCCAUCGCCACUACGGAGGCUGAUGGCGCUGGCGGGGCAGACAGCGGCGGCAGCGGAAGCGGCUGCGUCAGAGGCGCAAGCGGCCCUGCGGCCUAAGCAGUGGCCGCAGACAGCGGCGUUGAGGGCGCCAAGCGGCGUUGGGACAGAUGCCUUCAGCUGCACAAGCUGCUUUGGCUCGGAAGGCGUCUGGGGCUCAAGCGGUGGCGGCAGCGGCAUAAGCGGCGGCGACGGCGGGGAUAGCAGUGGCAGCGGCUUCAGCGGCGGCACAAGCGGCGUCGGUGACGGCGCAGAGGACGGCAGCGGCGGAACCAGCGACGGUGCCGAGGACUGCGUCAACGGUGUGAGCGGCCUCGGCGCAGACAACGGCGGCGGUGCAGACAGCGGUGGCUUCAGCGGCGUCGGCAGCAGCGACGGUGCAGACAUCGGCUUCAGCCUCGCAGGCGGCGGUGCAGAUGGAGGUCACUAA